UAUCACUGAUAUCGAUAGUUCAACGGUGCACGUGUUGAGCGCAUAAACAAAUUGAGUUGGACCUGGAAGACAGCUAUGCCGCCGGACAUCGAGAUAAUUGUGGGCACUUAUGAGGAGUUCCUGCUGGGCUACCAGCUGGUGGCGCCGGAGGACGCCGCGCAGGACAAACGCCAGUUGAAGCAAACGUUUGCAGACAAGUCACACGCCGGUUCCAUCAAAUCUGUGGCUGUUCAGGGCCCCUGGGUGGCCAGUGGCGGCAGCGACGACCGCAUCUUCAUCUACGAUAUGCGGACGCGAAAGCAGGCCCAAAUCUUGCUUUCGCACGCUGGCACAGUAAACACCCUGGUCUUCUCCCCGGACCUGACGCACUUGCUCUCGGGCAGCGCCGAUGGACACAUGAUUGCCACGCGCGUGGGCAGCUGGACCACAGAGGGAGACUGGCGUAAGGCGCACGCGGGACAGCCAGUGAGUCACAUCAGCUGCCAUCCGAGCAGCAAGUUGGCCCUUUCAUUGGGCGGAGACCUGGUACUUAACACCUGGAACCUGGUCAAGGGUCGGGUGGCCUACAAGACCAACCUCAAGAGCAAGCGUACGCUGGGGAGCAUUCCGGAGUGCCUUUCGUGGUCCACAAACGGAGACUACUUCACCUUGAGCGGGCCUCUGCUCCUGGAGGUCUGGGACAUUAAAUCCGCCAACGUAGUCAGGCGCGCGAAGACGCCGUCGAAGCCGAUCUGUGUCGGCUGGCUGAACGAAGACGACUGCCUGGUGGGCUUGGAAAACGGCAGCAUUGCCUGGCUCUCUCUCAAGGAUGAAACAGAAGCUGCGCCAAAAGUGAUUUCUGCCCAUGAGGCGCGUGUCAAGGACUUGGCCUAUUUAAAUGGAUAUCUGGCCACCGUGUCCAGCUCUGGUGAGCUCAAAGUCUGGGAGACCAACGAAGAGAAGCGCGAGCUGGAGGAGAUUGCCAGCACAAGCAUCGACUGUCGCCCCACCAGCUUGGGACUGCUGGAUCUCAGCCAGUUUGGAAACGCACGUCCUCAGGAGCAGCGCAUCAAGGUGGAGGCCAAGCCCAAGGGGCAGGCUGGGAGCAGCGAAGCCGCCAAGCCAGCAGCUCCCCGAGGAUUCGUGACCAUAGAGUAUGAGCAGGACGAGCAGCAGGAAACAAAAGUCGCAGCCACUCACAAAAGUAAAAAUAAGCAGAAACAACAGAAGCAGAAGCCGAAGCAGCCGGCACCACAGGAAUCCUCUGAAGAAACCGACUCGGAGGAGGAAGAGGACGACAGCGAUGAUUCCUUCGAGGACAGUGAUGCCUCCAGCGCCGAGGAAACCAGAAAGAGGAGGCCGCAGAAAAGGAAGCAGCCCCACGCGUCCUUCUCCUCGAAGCGGAAGCAGACCAAAAAGAAAUAAAUACCACUUAGUACUCCAAUAAACUUAAAGAAACGUA